GUCAAUAAGGAUUAAUGGACUUUUGUUUAACUUGUAAGUCAGAGUUCCUUCAUCACCUUGCAGCUCGCCGGCUGUCAAUCAGCCACGCGGCAUCAUGUGACCCACAGGAGGAGGAGCACCAGGCUUCAAAAGGGCAGCACCCACAGCACCAGGACCAGAGAGAGCCAAGAACCAGAACCAGCACCAGGACCAGCAGAAGAAACCAGACCAGCACCAGUAUGCAGUGUGUACGUUGUCCCGCCAUUUUGGUUCUCAUGGCACUGGUUCUGUGCAGUACCAGAGUUUCCUCUCAGCCAGACAGAGACCAGCUGCAGGACCCAGACCUGGAGCUGGAGCUGGAGCUGCGCAAUCAUCGGCUGCUGCAACGACCUCGCAGCGCAGGGUUCCUGUCACAGGAGUGGAGUAAACGUGCGGUGGAGGACCUGCUCGCUCAGAUGUCUCUGCCUGAGGCCGACGUCCAGCGGGAAGCUGAGGCAACAGGCGGGAGGAUGAACCUGGAGCGGUCUGCCGACCAACCCAACAGCAUACCCCCCCGCGAACGCAAGGCCGGCUGCAAGAACUUCUACUGGAAGGGCCUCACUUCCUGUUAAAGCCCCCCCAGAUGAGGCCACGCCUUCCUAAGACCAGUGGACCGAUCCCCUAUCACCUGGCCUUCACCUGAGAGAUUGGAUGGACCAAUCAGCAGCUGUCUGGCUGCAUCAUACCUGAAUAAUUAAUGUAAUUAUCAAAUAAAGAGAGAAAUCUGUGAA